AUGGAAAACAUCCUUAAACUUCUCAUCCAACAACUGGAAAAUGAGAAUCUCUCGCUCGAAAACCUACAAGAUAAAUACUUUGACCACCAACAAACAAAAGACAAGGUGAUGGAAGAAAUGAAUCGUCGUCCGAAAUACAACAACUUUCUACAGAUGGAGAAGUUACUUCUCAAUAACAGGUACGAAGUGGCCAAAAUGAUUGCGGCUAUCCAUAACCUGAAGAAAAAAGCAGAAAGCAUGAUCGACGAUCUGAAGAAAGAAAUAAAAAACCUUCCUCAGGAUGACCAACCAUAUAAGUAG